GGCACACUUGAGCCAUUUCUUAUCUGCUUUUAUUCCCUCAACUAGUGCAAUGGACGUCGACGGAGCAGACGUCGCCGUCGAGCCAGACACGCCCAAGCCGAUCCGCAAGCUCACCGCCGACGUUGUCAACCAGAUCGCGGCGGCCGAGAUUAUCCACCGGCCAGCCAACGCGAUCAAGGAGCUGCUUGAGAACUCGCUCGAUGCAGGGAGCACGUCGAUCAAGGUGACGGUCAAGGAGGGCGGGUUGAAGAUGCUCCAGAUAGCGGACAACGGGCAUGGGAUUAAUAAAGCCGACCUUCCCCUCCUGUGCGAGCGGUACGCGACCUCCAAGAUUGCUGCCUUCUCCGACCUGCAGAGCCUCGCGACGUACGGCUUCCGCGGCGAGGCGCUCGCGUCAAUCAGCUACUGCUCGCACUUGGAGGUGAUCACCAAGACGAAGGCGGACAGUGUGGGCUGGAAGGCGCAGUACGGCAACGGCGUGCUGAAGGAGGACGCGCGCCCGACGGCCGCCAACGACGGCACCGUGAUCACCGCCUCGGACCUGUUCUACAACAAUGCGCUGAGGAAGCGUGCUUUCCGUUCCGGCUCGGACGAGUAUGCGCGCAUCCUCGACGUUGUGACCAAGUACGCCGUGCACAAUCCGCACGUCGCGUGGGUGUGCAAGAAGGCGGGCACUCCGCAGCCUGACCUGUCGACCAACGCCGGGUCGUCGACAAAGGCGAACAUUGCGGCCCUGUACACGCAGAGCUUAGCCUCCGAGCUGUUGGAGGUGCCCGAGACGGUGUUUGCGCCGAAGCUGGGCGCGUCGGCGCGCGGGUGGGUCAGCAAUGCCAACCAUAACGGAGGGAGGAAGCCGGGUUUCUUGCUCUUCAUCAACAACCGCUUGGUCGACAGCUCAAAGAUCAAGAAGGCAAUCGACGCGUUGUACACGACGUAUUUGCCCAAGGGCGCGUCGCCGUUCGCCUAUCUCAGCCUGUCAAUCGAGCCAGACAAGGUCGACGUCAAUGUCCACCCUACCAAGUCGGAGGUGCACUUCCUCCACGAGGACGAGGUUGUGGACGCUCUGGUCGCCGCAGUGGAGAAGGCGCUCGCCGGGGCCAACGUCUCGAGGACAUUCUCCGUGCAGACGCUGCUGCCAGGAGCACCGGACGCAUCGCAGGCAACACAGAAGCCACGCACGACGGCACCAAACUACAAAGUCCGCAUGGAUCCCUCCAACCGUACCCUCGACUCGAUGAUCACGGUUAUCGACCCCUCGCAAAUAGCAGACUACGAUGAGCGGCCGUCCAAACGUCGCGGAGCCGACACCAGCGCCGAGGUCACGGUCGUUGAGGACGAGGACGAGACGCCCAUGUGGAGCGCGUCGGUGCAGGAGGCGAAGGACGGCAGCAGCAGCAGCAGCAGCAAGGACAUCCCCGAGAGCGUGUGUGAUUUCUGGAGUAUACAAGAGCUGCGGCGGGCAGUGAAGAAGAAGGGGAAUGAAGACCUGAAUGAGACAUUGGCUAAGCACGCGUUUGUCGGCAUCGCAGACCGCCACCAGUGCCUGGGAUUGAUACAGCACUCGACGCGACUGUUCCUCGUCGACUAUGCGGCCCUUGGCGACGAGCACUUUUACCAGCUGGGGUUGCGGCAGUUUGGCGCCAUCGGCCGGCUACGUCUCGAGCCAGCACCGCAGAUCAAGGACCUGCUGCGUCUGGCCGCCGAGGACGAGCCUGGGAUCGAGGAAAACGGGCUGACUGUCGAUGGAGUCGUCAAACGCGCCUCUGCCCUCCUCAUCUCGAAACGCGACAUGAUCGACGAGUACUUCUCGCUGUCCAUCACGCCGGCUGGUGCACUCGAGGCGCUACCGCUCCUCCUCAAGGGCUACACGCCAAACCUCGACCGGCUACCGCACUUCCUUCUGUGCCUCGCCACAAGAGUGGACUGGGAGGACGAGAAGGCUUGCUUUGAGGGUGUGCUCCGCGAACUGGCAUUCUUCUACUCGCCACGCCCGUUCGCCGAUACAGAGGCGGACGACGACGCGAGUGCCGACGAGGUGGCCCAUCAUGUGUGGCAGCUCGAGCACGUCCUGUUCCCCAGCUUUCGACGGAACACGCAGUGGCCCAAGAGCCUUUCGGAUCGCCACGUGAACCAGGUGGCCAACCUGCCCGACCUGUUCCGGGUAUUCGAGCGUUGUUAGCGUGAGUGCGGGCGGCUGAGUAGCCGAUGUAAUGCUGCCAUAGCUUGUAUUAUGCCGAUACUAG